AUGACAUUUGAAUAAGCUCUAAAAAUUAAACAAAUUUAAAUGCCUAAUCAAUAUUCUAAUAUACGUAAGAUUCAUGUUGCUUCAACUUAAGCUGCAUGUGUUGAUUAACUUGGUAGAUUAUAUUCUUGGAAUUCCAAAAAUCCUAAACCUUAAUUCAUUAAAAGUGGGUUUAGAUGUGAAGAAUUCUUAUGUGCUGAUGAUAUUGUUUUAUUCAUUGGAAAUCAAUAAGCAUAUCAAGUAUCUGAGCAUUUUAAAUAAUAAGUUAAAGAUAAAGUUAAAAAAUACAAAGAUUACGUUGAAUUAAAAAACAAUAAAGUUAGAAAUCUAUUCUAUGAUCAAAAUAAAAGAACUAAAUGUUUAUAAGAAUUAAACCAAAAAACAUUAGAAUUAUAAAUUAAACCAAUCUAACCUGAAGAUUUCUUAUACUCUCGUUUAUAAAGAAAAUAAUCUUUAUAUGUUAUGUAAUUAAAGAGAAGAAGCACUAUGAUGAUUUCAGAAUUAUAAACUAUGGGUUUUCAAUCUGAGCAUUAAUAGAGAUUUAGUACAACAAAAUUUGAAUUGAUUAAAGAAUAAAUGAAAUCAGGAAAAUUAUAAUUGAUGAAGAAUGAUAAAGAAUCAAAAGAUGGCAAGAACUUCUAAGGAACUUGGGAAUAAUUUAAACUUCUUUCAAAAAAUUUGAAUCGUAAAAGUUAAUUAAAAAAUAGAAUACCUUUACAUAUUUUAAAUACAAAAUUACAAUAAGCAAUAGAGAUUGAUAAGGUUUCAGAUUUGAUAUUAGAAUCUGAAAGAUUGAAUCCCUUAUAUAUUCCUUUAGAUAACAUGUCUAAGCUUAUUAAGUCUUAACCAUUAACUUAAAGAGAACCAAUUCAAACGUAAGAACAUCAUGAAAAAGAGUUUAUAGAUGAUCCUGAUAUAAUGAAAUAUGAGUAUGUGAAACGUAUUUAUAAUGGAUAUCAUGAACAAUUGUUAAUGGAUAAUCUGAUGACAAAAGACUAAUGUUUCUUACCAAUAAAAUGGAAAAGACUAAAAGAUGAUACAAAAUUAUUUUAAGGUCGUUUUAAUCGAAUGUAACAAAGACUUCAGAGAGAGUAAAGAGACGCCAAAAAAUUAAUUAAAAUUACAGAUUUGUAACAUUUUUGA